AUGAUCCCAUCGGUCGCCCUCCUCCUCCUCUCUCUUUUCGCCCUCGCGGCGAGGACGACGGAGCCGGCAUGCCCCACCGAGGUGAUCCGUCCCUGCGACUGCGGCGAAUACUCCAGCGGCAACGCGAAAGUGAACUGCUCGAGUGCCAGGGGAAGUGUGGAGAUCUCGUCGGCGCUGAGGAAUGCGCCCUGGCCCUCCAGUCACAUUUGGCAAUUCGAGCUGGCAGAUAACACGGAGGUGAAGGACCUACCCGAGGGAGUCUUCGGGAGUCUCUCCUUCGAGAAGAUACUCAUCUACAACACUACCUUGAGGACGAUCCACUCGUCGUCGAUCCUGUCGUCCAGAGACCGUCUCGUCGACCUGACGAUCGCGCACAGUCGCCUGGAGGUAUUCCCCUUCCACCUCCUGCCGGCCUUCUCCGUCCUGAAGAAGCUCUGGCUCCAGAACAAUUCGUUGACGUCGGUUCCCGUGCUUAAGAGCGAAAGCCUCGAAGUCCUGUAUCUUUACAGCAAUCGAAUAACGAGAGUGGAGGAAGACGGAUGGGCGACUCCCAACCUGAGGGAACUCUACCUCAGUUACAAUCCUCUGUCGGAGAUUCCCUCAGCAGUCAUCACGGGCCUCACGAACUUAGAGAAAUUCUAUUGUUCCGGCUGCAAUCUGGGGGGAACCCUUCCGAGCGGGUUUUUGGUGUUCCGCAGCAAGGCCUUGAGGCUGGUGUCGCUCUGGAAGAACGGGAUCGCAAGACUGGAUCCGGGAGCCAUCGUAGGUCUACGGGCCGACACAACGCUUGAACUCACCUGGAACAACGUGGCUCAUUUGAACGAAGGGAUCUUCCGACCCAUGCUGGAGGUGAUGUCCCACGGAAUCGGGCUCCUCGACCUGGAGGACACGAAACUGGACUCGGAUUCACAAGGAACAGUCAUGUCCACAAACUCAUUCUUGUAUUCAUCCGUCGGCUAA